AAUUGGACGAUUGGACAGAAUGGACGAAAAAACUAAACUACUGGACAAUACUGAAGAUAAAACCAUACCAGUACAUACAGGAUAUGGAGCUAGACAUACCUUUACAAUAUUGUCCUUUAUCGGUUAUUUCAACCUGUAUGCUCUUCGGUACAAUCUCAGCGUGGCUAUGGUUGCCAUGGCAAAUCACACGGACAAUAUGUCGAAUAAAAAUGAAUCCCAGUCGGGUGUGUGUCCAGAUCCGGGCAUCAAUGUAACCACAAAACAAUCUGUUGGUAAGGCUGUUCAGUAUGAUUGGGACGAGGUGACACAGGGGAUGAUACUCAGCUCAUUUUUCUAUGGUUACGUCGCUACACAGAUUCCAGGUGGAAUGUUGUCGGAAAAGUUUGGCGGCAAACGUCUUUUUGGUUACGGAAUACUGAUAAUGGCAAUACUCACCGCGUUGACUCCACUGGUAGCUGAGGUCGGAACGUGGGCACUUAUCGUCACAAGAGCCAUUGAGGGAAUAGUUUCGGGUACAUCUUUUCCGGCAGUAGCGGCCAUGCAGGGGAAAUGGACACCGGAGUCAGAAAGAACUUUACUCACUGUUCUAGCUAAUAGUGGAGCGUCGAUAGGGAAUGUGAUAGUGUUACCUGUAUCGGGGUAUCUUUGUAACCAACAGUUCUUUGGUGGAUGGCCUGCAAGCUUUUAUAUUUUCGGUGGUAUUGGGUGUAUAUGGUUUUUGUUUUGGCAUUUUCUAAUUUACGAAACACCUGCUACUCAUCCUCGAAUUUCACUGACAGAAAAGAAAUACAUUGAAAGUACAGCUGGACAGAGGAAUUUACAGAGUUAUCCUACACCAUGGAGAGGUAUUCUAACGUCAUCAGCUAUGUGGGCGAUUAUGUUAGCAGUAUUUUGUCAGUCCUGGGGAGCGUACAUAAGUGUGACAGUACUGCCAACGUACAUGAAUAAAAUACAGAGAUUUGAUAUUACACAGGACGGUUUGCUGAUGGCCAUACCAAACCUAGUGACGGCACUAAUAGGUUUAUUCAGCGGCUGGCUAGCUGAUUUCUUACGACGUCGAGGUUACCUCUCUACUAUUGUCGUGCGAAAACUCUUUUCCUCUGUCAGCCUUCUCGCUGCCGCCCUGUGCCUACCUUUUAUUUCACUUGCUGGCUGUGACCAUGUGGCAGUCGUUACGCUCAUUGUUGUGGGGAAUGGCAUGCUCGGGUUUUGUGGAUCAGGAUUUUGGGUGAACUUCCUUGAUAUUGGUUUUAAUUUCUCAGGGAUAACUAUGGGACUGAUUAACUUUUCUUCAAACGUCGCAGGAGUUAUAUCCCCUUACUUUGUAGGACUUCUUACAAACAAUAACGAAACCAUGCAACAAUGGCGGACCAUUUUCUAUGUAUCUAUGGCUUUCUAUGUAGCAGGAACAGUUGUAUUUCUCUUGUUUGGAAAAGGUACCGAGUCUGAUUGGAACAAAUUACCAAGUGACAUUAAUAUUCAAACUUCUGGUACGACAAGCGAGGAUGAUACAUGCAAGAGACAUAACCAUUGA